UAUAAGCCCUCAUUUCCCCAUUGAUUGUAGAUAACACCUUCAACAUUUACUAACUAUCCAUAUGUACCUGGGUCCAUUUCUGAACAUUUCCUUCUCUGCUUAUGCAUAGAUAUCCUACUCUUUUAAUUACAACAGCUUUAUAAUAUGUUCUAAUAAUUGAUAGGCUGCCCUUCACCAUUGUUUUUUCAGGGAUUUCCUGGCUAUUCUUACUUUCCCAUAUGAAUUUUAUAAUCAAUCUAACCUUGGAACAGUAUGUGUUGGUAUUGUUAUUGGGAUAUUAUAGUUACAAACAUAUAUAGGGAAGAUUGACAUCUUUAUUUAGUUUUUCUAUCCAAGAACUGUACAUGACUUUGUUUAAAUUCACACUUGACCUUUAAGAAGUGUUUUAAGGUUUACUCAUAUAGAUUUUACACAUUUCUUAAAUUUAUUCCUACGUAUUUUAUCUUUUUGUUGUUGUUAUUGGAAACAUGGUCUUCCAUUUUAUCUUGUAAAUGAUUAUCACUGGUUAUGUGUAUACAUAAGGGCUAUCGAUUUCAGGGUGUUAAUUUUAUAUCUCACUACUUGACUAAAUAAUCUUUUUAAUAUAGUUUCCCCCAGUGAAGUCCGUUGGUCUUCAGGUGUAUAAUCAUACCGUCAGAGCAUAAAAGUGAACCUCAAGACCAUUGUUGAAGGUGGGAAAAGUAGGCACAAACCAGCAGGUUAUCCCUUGAGGAGUGUAUAUAGAAGAGGCCAUGUCCUUUGCCGCAGUGAAGCUCUGUUGAGUAGGGAAGGCCUCAGGAGACCACCCCUUUGAGGUACUGCAACCUCACAGAUGCAAAAAGCCAAAUAUAAGUGUGAGUGAAGAGUGAACUAAAAAACCUGUUGCCUCAGAUGAUUUGGAGUCAUGGCAACACCACGUGUUACAGAGUAGAACUGCUUCACAUAGUUUUCUGGGUUGUAAAAAAAAAAAAUUUUUUUUUUAAUCUUUUACCAAAGCAGAUCACCAAGCCUUUCUUCCGUGGCACCACUGGGUAGGUUAAAACAGGCAACAUUUACUAAUUGAGAGCAAGCUUCGCAGAUGCAAAAACCCAAAUGAAAGUGAGAGGGAAGAGUAAAGGAUUUCUCUAUCUUCACAUCCUCUCUCCAAGCGUCGACCACCAAUAGAGUUGCGGAACUCGGGGGAAAUAGCGGAGUAAAUGGGCGGAGAAAAAGAAAACAAUUCCGUUAACUGCUGGCCUAAGAAUCCCCAGCGGUCCUUUUGUGUAGACGCGAGGAAAAACCACUGAGUUGAAAGCCUCCUUCAAUCCCCACUUCCUAGAGCUCCCGCGGAAAUGCGCCACUCGCCGGCAGAGCGAGCUUUUCGUCGGUAUUGCCCGGCCGCUUCCGGCCUUUGUGGGUCGCUCUUGGAGGGUUCCGGGCUCCGAAGGGACUGGAGACCUCAGCAUUUCGCCCUGUAGGAGGCAGUCCUUGGCUGGCUCCCUGGGGCCGUGGCUCACAGACGUUGACCGGUAUCCUAAAGAACCUGUCCUGGGCCGGCCUGGCAAGCCACAGAAUGCAAGGGCAGAAGAAGGCCUUAAAGAGCAAUGUCUCCAGACUUUUCACUUUAUUAAUGAAGAAUGAGGAGAGGAGCAUAGAGAUUAAAUUACGAAGAAAUAAAUUCAUGUGACCCUGCUGCUUUUAGGGCUUCAUGGUUCCCCCUAUACACACAUCUGGGCAUUAAAAAAAAAUUUUUUUAAAGGCACCAGCUAGGGAUGCACCAGCCUUUUAUUUAUAUUACUUGCAUUAAAUGUUUAUUUUAUUCCAAUUAGUUGUUCUUUAUUUUAGAACUACAUGGAAAUAGGUUUCCUACUAAGUCUCACUCUUUCUUAAAGGGCUGAAAUAACUUGGCUCUUGCAGCUUUUAACCUAGAGGCAGAUUUUCAAGGCUCAUAUUUAUAUUCUUAGAAUUACCAGUGUUUAUUUAAGAUAUAGUUUGUGUUAAUAAUGAUGGCUUAUUCCUCCAGUUCACCCAGGAAGAAACUUUCCAGGGAAUAUAGUAAUUGAAACACUAGUACAGCUUUGACACAGCUAUGAUGGAACCUGCUUGGACUGUCCCGGCCCCUGCAGACCAGGAUGAAGUUUUGGAAGUAAAGAUAGAGAAGGAGGAGGAGGAAGAAUAUAAGUAUACCACCAGAAGGGAUCAGAGGCUGCAAAAGAACAACUCCCAUAGCAGAGAGGUCUUCCGACAGUACUUUAGGCAGUUCUGCUACCAGGAAACAUCUGGACCCCGUGAGGCCUUGCGCCAGCUCCGAGAACUUUGCCAUCAGUGGCUGAGGCCAGAGACCCACACCAAAGAGGAGAUUCUGGAGUUGCUGGUGUUGGAGCAGUUCCUGAGCAUCCUGCCUGAGGAGCUCCAGGCCUGGGUGCGGGAGCAGCAUCCGGAGAGUGGAGAGGAGGCAGUGAUUGUGCUGGAGGAUUUAGAGAGAGAGCUGGAUGAGCCAGGAGAGCAGGUCUCAGUCCACACUGACGAACAAGAAGUAUUCUUGCAGGGAAUGGCACCUCUAGGAAUAGAACAAGAACCCAGCAUGUCCCUUCAGUCCAUGAAAGCUAACCUAAAGUGUGAAUCUCCUGAACCCAAAGCCCAACAGGAACAAGUUUCAGAUGUUGAGACUGAAAAUGAGUACAGGAAUUUAAUUCUAAAACGUGAAGUUUCUGAAGAAGUGGAACCGUAUGGGGAUAUAUCAAGCAGAUUUGAAAGUGAGAUGGCUGCUGGGUUUGGGGAAACCCAUGAACCUGAAGAAAAACUAGAAAAUCCUUCUGGAUACUCGCAGGAAGAUAAACAGCCCACAUGUGAUGAGAAUGGAGUAGAUUUGACUGAGAACUCAGGUCUUACUGAACAACAGAGAACCUGUCCUGGAGAAAAGCCUUAUGAGUAUGACAGCUGUGGAAAAGCCUUCAGUCAAUAUGCACACCUCAUAGAACAUCAGAAGAUCCAUACUGGAGACAGGCCCUAUAAAUGUGAUGAAUGUGGAAAAACUUUUCGUGGGAGAACUGUGCUUGUUCGGCACAAAAUAAUACACACUGGAGAGAAACCGUAUAAAUGUAAUGAGUGUGGCAAAGCUUUUGGCCAGUGCUCAGCUCUUAAUCAACAUCAGAAACUUCACACAGGAGAGAAACACUACCACUGUAAUGAGUGCGGCAAAGCCUUUAGCCAGAAAGCAGGCCUCUUUCACCAUGUCAAGAUCCAUACAAGAGACAAACCUUAUCAGUGUACUCAUUGUAAUAAAAGUUUUAGUCGGCGUUCAAUACUUAUUCAGCAUCAGAGAAUCCACACUGGGGAGAAGCCCUACCAAUGUGAUGACUGUGGCAAAGCCUUCAGACGGAGGUCGUAUCUUAGUAAACACCAGAGAACGCAUACUAGGGAUGGUCCCUAUAAAUGCAAAGAGUGUGGAGAAUCUUUCAGGCAAAACUCAGCUCUUAUUGAACAUCAGACUGUCCACAAAGGAGAGAAAUCUGUUCCUGUGUUAUGACUCCAGGGAAGCUGUCUCACAGUGCAGACUGGAGAGAAGUACUAUUCUGUUAUGAUCUGGAGCAAAACUUUAGUCAUUAUUGCUAUAAAGAAAGCUCAGAUAUUUUAUAAAGAACCACUAUGUGCUGUUCAUUUUAUUAGUGCUGUGGGGAACCAGAAGCAUAACACCAGAUUUCUUUUCUCAAGCAGUUUACAACCUAGUUUGGGAUAUGUAAGAUCCACAUAUUUAGUUAAGUAAGGACUAUAGGACAGUAGAAUUGAAAGGACAGAUGACUGUUGCCCAGGGUGAUCAGGAAAGAUUGUAUUGAGGUAAAGGGUUUGAUAGGCAGAUUUUGAAGGUAAAAAGGAGAAAACUUUAAGAUACAAAUAUAAGCAGAGGCAGAAGUGCAUGUGGUUUGGAAGCAUCAGUGACAAGAUAGUCUACCUUAAGUAGUUCAAAUUGGGAAAUUGAUAUCAUUAAGGUUGGUGUCUUGGUGUCUUAGGCUGUGCUCUCUAGAGAAGCAAAAUCAGUGAAGCGUGUGUGUGUAAAUUAUCUCAAGGGAAUGACUCAUAUGGUUGUAGAGGCCAGCAAGUCCCAAAUCCAAGGGUCAGACAUCAGGCUGGAGGCUUCUCCUAACUCACAUAGGCUGCAGGGGCUGACAAACCCAAAUCAGCAGGUCUAACAACAAGCUGUUGGCCCAUGGGGCUAUGGAAGCUGGUGAAUCAGGUCAAAUGAUAGGCUGCUGGCUCACAGGGCUGCAUAAGCUGGUAAAUCCCAGAAUCAGCAGGCUGCUAGCUCAAAUCCCAAAACCAGAGGUCAGAUUAUGAGCCAGAUGCAGAAUCCAGCGCGAGAAAGAGAACGUUGCCAGAGCAUUCAUAUAUAUUGGGUGCAGGCCACACCCUCAAGAAAACUCCCCUUACUUGAGCAAGGUGAUAACUUGAGCAAGGUGGUGAUUGAAGUAUGGUGGUGACUUGACUCAAGAUACACCCCACACUAAUCCUGCCUCAUUAACAUGUAAGGGUUUAUGAUUUAUAAUGCAUAAUUACACAACCCCACAAAAUGGAGUACAAUCACAUAAUACUGGGAAUCAUGGCCUAGCCAAUUUCACACGUAACAUCAACCAUCACAGUUGGAAACAGCCUGGGGACAGACUGUGGGAGACCAGUAGUUUCACUUAACUAUAAAGCAAUUUGAUACAAAACAGUUUACUCAUUUAAUUCCUAAAAUACCUCUGUAACUUGAAAUUAUUCUCCAUUUUACAAAUGAGACACUCAUGGAGAUAGUGACAUGGGUUUGUAACUAUCACACAAAGAAAAAGAUCAACUGAAAUGCAGGUCUCUAACUUCAAGUCCUGUGCAUUACACCAGUGAUUCCCCAACUUUAAUGAACAUCUGAGUUACCUGUGGAGCUUGUUUAAAAUGCCUAAGUCCCACUCACAGAUACUGUGCUUCAAGAGGUGGGGGUGGAAGGUGUGUGUGAGAAUCUUCCUUUUCAUAACUCCACAGUUACCUGAUGUACUGUGAAAUUUGAGAAACAUUGCGUUAAAUCACAGCUGCCACCAUUGUCUGUGAAAUAAGGAAGCCUGAGCACAGAAGGCCCUACAGGGGACAUUGCCACCAGCUUUUUAGAGUGAAGCAGAGAAUUAGGUAAUCAUCAUGCCUGAAAACUAGGGCUUCAAGAUGGUCUUUUGAUCUAUUCAGAUUUAAGUGUUUCCAAAAACAGACUGACCUACAUUCCAGGGUUCUCAAGGGUCUUCUCAGUGCAGGCCUUGUUUAUUUAGCUGGAGGAAUGCUAGUGGUCUUACCAGCUUUACCCUACCUUUCUUCCUUAACUCUUUCCUUAUAGUUAUCAUUGUGUUCUGAAUUUUCUAAUAAUUACUAUUGAGGACUGCUUUAAAUUUUUGGUUCACAUACCUUCUGGAGCAUGUAAAAUACCCCUCAGAGAUUAAUGAUUCUACCUCUUAGAGCUUCUGGAAAACAAAUCAACCAGCAACGGGUUGACUUUUCCUGUUCUACUGAGUAAAAAUUUCUGCUUUGGAUGAUGGUUCUUUCAGUGUACAAUAGGCAAGCCACAUAGAAAGAAGUACACAUGGUUUGUAUAUCUUUUAUUUAUAGAAAAUCAUGCCUAAUCCCUUCUGAGAUGUUCUCUUAUUUCCUUCCCUUUCUCCCUUGCCAUAGGAAACCACAAUUUCUGGGACUGCCUCCUCAAUCCCACUUCUACCUAACUCCAGAGCUGCCUUCUCUCGUCUCUAUCUGAUCAGUGGGUUUGAAGUGGUGAGACAGUGACCAAAGUGGAAGGGGAGAAAGAAAAGAAGGGUGAUUUCCUUUUUUGCUCUAAUAAGUACUACUCAUAACUACCUUUCUACCCAGCCCUAUGUGUUUAUUUCAUCUUCUUCCCACCCCUAUGACAUACUGUACCCCAUUUCCCUAGUCUCUGUGUUUCUUACCCCUCUAUCCGUAACCCCCAUA